CAGCGCUGUGCCAGCGUCGGGCCGGCCAUGGCGUCGCGCAUCGGGCUGCGGAUGGAGCUGAUGAAGCAGCAGGCGCAGCAGGAGGCCGAGCGGGAGCGAGCGCAGCAGCAGCUGAUGAUGAGCUACAUGCAGCAGCAGCGCCUGCCCGUGGCCUCCAGCCCGGCCAUCAACACCCCUGUGCACUACCAGCCCCCACCGCCCGUGCCCGGGGAGGUCCUCAAGGUGCAGUCCUACCUGGAGAACCCUACCACCUACCACCUGCAGAAGUCACGGGACAAGAAGGUCCAAGCUUACCUCUCGGAGACCUACGGGAACAAGUUCGCAGCCCACGUCAGCCCCGUCAGCCACUCGCCCAAGCCGCCCCCGGCCGCCUCCCCUGGCGUCCGGCCCGGCCACGUCCUGUCCUCCUCGGCGGGCAACAGUGCCCCCAACAGCCCCAUGGCCAUGCUCAACAUCGGCUCCAACCCCGAGCGCGAGUUUGAUGAGGUCAUCGAUGACAUCAUGCGCCUGGAUGACGUCUUGGGCUACAUCAACCCUGAAGUCCACAUGCCCAACACGCUGCCCAUGUCCAGCAGUCACAUGAAUGUCUAUAGUGGGGACCCCCAGGUGACAGCCUCCCUCGUAGGUGUCACCAGCAGCUCGUGCCCUGCUGACCUCACCCAGAAGAGAGAGCUGACAGAUGCUGAGAGCCGAGCCCUGGCGAAAGAGCGUCAGAAGAAGGACAAUCACAACCUGAUCGAGAGGCGGCGAAGGUUUAACAUCAACGACCGCAUCAAGGAGCUGGGGAUGCUCAUCCCCAAGGCCAACGACCUGGACGUGCGCUGGAACAAAGGGACAAUCCUGAAGGCAUCUGUGGACUACAUCAAGAGGAUGCAGAAGGACUUGCAGCGGUCACGAGACCUGGAGAACCACUCUCGGCGCCUGGAGAUGACGAACAAGCAGCUGCUGCUCCGCAUCCAGGAGCUGGAGAUGCAGGCACGCGUCCACGGGCUGCCCACCUCCUCGCCCUCCGGUGUCAACGUGGCCGAGCUGGCUCAGCAGGUGGUCAAGCAGGAAGCCAGCGGGGAGGAGGGGACGCUGGAGCCGCUGCUGCCCGCCCCGGACCCCGAAGCGCAGCUGCCGCCGGCGCUGCCUCCUGCGCCGCAGUCUCCCUACCACCAGCUGGACUUUAGCCACAGCCUGAGCUUCGACGACGGCUCCCGGGGCUUCCCGGACAGCCUGGAGCCCAGCCACAGCGCUUCCUUCCCAUCCCUAUCCAAGAAGGAGCUGGACUUGAUGCUGAUGCAGGACACCAUGCUGCCCCUGGCCUCCGACCCCCUCUUCUCGGCCAUGUCCCCCGAGGCCUCCAAGGCCAGCAGUCGCCGGAGCAGCUUCAGCAUGGAGGACGCAGACAUGCUGUGACCGAGGAGCUGCUCCAGCAGCAGGGGCAAGGACUGGACCUUGGAGCUUGGUUAGUGAAGCUGAGGGCUCUGCCCUGGCAGGAGCAGCCCCUCCUGCCCUGCACUUGAACCUUCGUAGGAGUUUCCUUUUCUCUAUGCAAUGGGGGCUGGGGCCGCGGCUGGCUGGGGGCCGCCCUGGCUUGUGCAAGCUUCUCUUUUUGCCCAGGGAGCCUCCUUGGCUUCCAUGGCCUCGGCCUGACUGCAGAUUCCCCAGCCCUGGGAGUGUGAUCUUGGCUGCUUUGCCUUUCAGCAAAACCCUCCUGGACCCAAGCCCUUUCCCCAGGGUGCUGGCUUGGAGCUGGAGCCAGCAGGAGCCUUCAAGUCCCUGGGAUGGGAAGAGAAGAGAGGGACAAUGCUCAGUGCUUUUGGUCUGGCUUGCUGCCUCCUUGCCAUCCCUCUCUGGGAGCCCAUGUCCCUAACAAGUCUUCCCCAGAGGUGGCCUCUGAGCCCUGCAGAUGCUUCGUGGUGCCACAGCCUUCCUUGGAGCACCCCCUGCCUCUCCUGCUCAC